AUGCCCAGAAUCACAAACGAAGACGAGAUCCCGGAUGAGAUCAAGAAAGAAGGCAUUCAGCUCUACUUCGAACAUUUCCACAACCGGCCGUACCCACUUUUGGAACAAGCUGGAAAGCCGCACCGUGCUCAAGCUCAGGUUGCUCUUGGCCUGAGGCUUGCUCAAACACGCGGGUUGCUUCGCAAAGAAAGCGGCAUAUCAGCAGAAGAUCAGUCGUCGCUCAAUUGGCGUUCGGUCGUGUGGACAUUGUUCAUGAUGGAUCGCAUUUUCAGUAGCGCCGACGUGAGGUCCCCUUGCGUUCCGGCCUCCUCUUUUCAGCUCUUCUUGAUGCAAUGCGCUCCAUCAAAUCCUGACGGUUCUAUCGCAUCUAGAGAAAUCACGUUGCCGACUUCACCUGGAGAUAUGUUGCGGACAGAGUCCUUGGAUGUCAUUUCUUGCAAUAUCGUGCUCCUUGAUAUAUGGCACAACGCAGUCAUGGAAGUAUCUGGCGAUAGCAAGGCUCCACCUAUUCCUUUCUGGAGACAUGAUUCUGCACAUGCGGCCAUCGAGAGCCGUCUAAUGGAGUUUGAGAUGAGUGGGUGGAACGAAGCCAACAAGGGGAAUCCCACUGAUCUAUUACAGAGCUUCAUCCACACCGAUACACCGCGGUGGGAUCGCCCCGUCCCACCCAAUGUCGCCUGUAAGCAAGAUUUUCACGACAAAAAGCCAAAUACUGAUCAUCCCAGGCAUCAUCCCUUCAUUCUCUUCAUGAAGACCCGUCAACAGCAUGGUCAAGUUCCUCUAACGACCUUGCAAAAGUCCCAUCAGGAAUCUAUGAUUCACUCCAGCUGGGUAAUCCGGCAUAUUGUUGAGAUGGAAGAGGGAGGGAUGAGCAUCUACGAUCCAUUCAUUGGCUAUCUCGUUGCACUUGCAGCCAGCAUUCAGCUGGAACAGACUUUUAACGACAACCCAAGGGUGGCAAAUGCUGCUCGCCGGAAGUACGAGAAGGCGCACGUAUACCUCCAUAAAUUAGCCGAUAUCUGGCGCAAUGCUGCGAAUAUCCUAAGCGUUCUCGAGGACAUCUCGGUCCGUCUUCACAGUCGCCGGACUAUCAGCCACGUAAGCGGAGAAUACGACGGCGCAAUACCUUCCAAGGAGAUCUCAGAUGUGAACGUGGAACAGGAGGACAUCGAUCUCAUGGCGAAGCUAUUUGACUACGCGUCACUCUCUGCCGAACCGGAGAGGGUAUCUCCUGCCACAAAUUUAGUUCCGCGCCACUGCCUCGUAGCCUCUGAACUGGCUUCGAACAUUGCCCCGCAAAGUCUCAGAUCCACCUCUGAUGAUUCGCCUAUUAUGGAGACUGGGCAGAUCCUUCCAGAUCCUCUGGUAGCCCACGAAGAACUCGGUUGGCCAAACGAAGACUUUGAGGUCUUCCCAGAUGUCACGAAUGAGUGGUCAUUCUUCGGCCGGCCAUGGUCGACAUAUUCUUCAGAGGGACCGACACAGCUCACCCAAUACUUUGACCCUACUAACUCAGGCGUCUAA